ACACAUAAUCAUUGAGUGAGAAAUAUCAUGGAGUCAAAGGGUGGUAGAUUCGGGGCUUCACUUUUGGUUCCAAGCGUACAAGAACUUGCUAACGAACACUUGAUCAAGGUUCCAUCCCGAUAUAUUCGCGAUGAUCAAGAAUCUGUCAUACCAUCAUCCAUGCCUCAAGUACCUAUCAUCGAUAUGGACCGAUUAACAUCCGAAGAUUCCAUUGACUCUGAAUUAGAAAAUCUACACCUUGCUUGUAAAGAUUGGGGAUUCUUUCAGAUAAUAAAUCAUGGGAUUAGUGGUUCAUUAUUGGAGAAAGUAAAGAAAGAAACACAAGAAUUCUUUAAGUUGCCAAUUGAGGUGAAAAAGAAGUUUUGGCAAACGUCUGAAGAUGUUGAGGGAUUUGGACAAGCCUUUGUUGUAUCUGAGGAGCAAAAACUCGAUUGGGCUGAUAUGUUUUUCUUGGUUACUCUUCCUCCUCAUAGUCGAAGGCCUCGCUUAUUUCCUAACCUACCUCUUCCAUUCCGAGAUAUCUUAGAUGAAUAUUCAAGAGAGAUAAUGAAUACAGCGAAAAAAACUUUGCUCUACAUUGCAAAAGCAUUAAAGAUGGAAACCAAGGAUUUGAUGGUAUUGUUUGAGGAAGGAAUGCAAUCAAUGAGGAUGAACUACUAUCCACCAUGUCCACAACCCGAACAAGUCAUUGGUCUUACCCCACACUCUGAUGCGGUUGGGAUCACCUUCCUUCUCGAACUAAAUGAAGUACAUGGUCUCCAAAUAAGAAAAGAUGGCAUUUGGAUCCCAAUUAUACCACUCCCAAAUGCUUUCAUUGUUAAUAUUGGAGAGAUCCUAGAGAUUGUGACAAACGGACAAUAUAAAAGCGUUGAACAUAGAGCUACAGUGAACUCAGAAAGAGAGAGGCUGUCUAUAGCCACAUUUAUCAACCCAAAGGAUGGUGAAAUAGGACCAGCACCAAGCAUAGUGACGCCGGAAACGCCACCAAAGUUUACUAGGGUGACAACUUCUGAUUUUUUCAAGAACUUAUUCUCUAAGGAACUUAAACGUAAAUCAAACCUUGAACAAUACUAUAUAUAGAGUAUACAUGUUUGUGUUACUUAUUGAAAAUAAAUGGUGCGUGUAUUUACAAAAAGAAAAAUAGCAUUGGAAUGUAUGCCAUAUCUAUAUAAUUUAAACUAGUGAGAUUGCCCGCAUUAUGCGAUGGACUUUUGGUCA